GUGUUUGCAUUUCUCCGCAGGACCAGCUCGCUUUGCAGAGCAUUGUCUGGGUACGAGAAUCACACACACACACAUACAGAAAUACAGGGGCGAGCACACCCGAGCCUUGACUCGCAGGCAGAGCAUUCGAGCCAGCCUGGAUACCCUCCUCCUCCCCCGCCCCACCCUCUAAUUCCCGAGCACGAAUAACCCCCACUAAAUUAAAAAAAAAAAAAAAAAAGGCAGGAAAAAAAAAGAGAAAAAGAAAACAAGAGGAAAAAAAAAGUUUGCAAAUCUCCUGCCUCCCUCCUUGCUGUUUUUUUUUUUUUGGUUGGUUGGUUGGUUUUUUCUGUGGGUUUUUUCUUUUUUUUUUUUUUUUGAUUUGGCGAUGGCAAAUUCCUUCACGGCCAGGAUCUGGCCCAUCCCCUGAGCAAAGGCAGCCUGGACAUGACCAGCAGGCGAGGGAGGAGGAAUUUUGAUUCCCUUCGGAGGCACCGACCCCUCCUCCGCCUGCUACUAACCAGGCGGGGGGAGCCCGGCUCCGGCCGCUCACUCCCACCGCGGGCAGCCGGGGCUGGCCAGGUUCCACCGGGGAACUGCUCCGUGUCCCCCCCGCCUCUGGCUCCGACCCCACCGGCACCCGCCCCGCCCCGCCACGGCGAGGAUGCAGCAUCUCCAGCGCCGGGACGAAUCCCUGAUGCAAUGAGAUCUCAGCCUUGACGUGAAGACCUUAACCAAAAGAUCUGCAGAGACUGUGUCCUUCAUCCCUAAUAAUAGUGCUAACAAGCAAAACUUAACUAACGUUCAAAAUUAAGAGGGAAAAUGGCCAUCAAUUGGAAGAUCUUCUUCACUCUGACAUUGCUUCCCAUGGUUACAGCAACCCAUUCUAACUGUAUCAUUAAAAAGGAGCAAGAGACUUGUCUGGAGAAGAUACGGAGGGCAGCUGCCCUAAACCCUCUCAAUGACUCUUCACCAGGCUGCCCAGGAAUGUGGGACAAUAUUACAUGCUGGAAACCUGCAAGUGUGGGCGAAAUCGUCUUUGUCAAGUGUCCUGCACUGUUCAGAUUUAUCAUCUCUGAAGAUGGUUGGGAAGUAGAUAAUAUGGGGCAAACCCAUGCAGGUGAUUAUGACCUGCUGGAAAGCACAGCCCAGUCUCCCCUAGGGGACAUCAGCAGAAAUUGCACUGAAGAUGGCUGGUCUGAACCUUUUCCUCACUAUUAUGAUGCCUGUGGCUUUGAUGAAAAUGAAACAGAGUCCGAUAACCAGGAUUACUACUAUCUCUCUGUGAAGGCUCUGUACACAGUUGGAUACAGCACUUCCCUUGUUUCCCUUACCACGGCCAUGGUUAUCCUGUGUCGUUUCAGGAAGCUUCACUGCACUCGAAAUUUUAUCCACAUGAACCUCUUUGUUUCAUUCAUCCUACGUGCAAUAUCUGUAUUCAUUAAAGAUGGGGUUCUUUACGCUGAACAGGAUGGCAACCACUGUUUUAUCUCAACGGUGGAAUGCAAAGCAGUGAUGGUGUUUUUUCACUACUGUGUCAUGUCCAACUACUUCUGGCUUUUCAUUGAGGGAUUGUACCUUUUCACUUUAUUGGUAGAAACCUUUUUCCCAGAGAGGAGAUAUUUCUACUGGUACACUAUUAUUGGCUGGGGUACCCCAACAAUUUGUGUCACUGUCUGGGCAGUGCUGAGACUUCACUUUGAUGAUACUGGCUGCUGGGACAUGAAUGACAACACUGCCUUGUGGUGGGUGAUCAAGGGUCCUGUGGUUGGAUCAAUCAUGAUAAACUUUGUGCUUUUUAUUGGCAUAAUUGUGAUACUUGUGCAGAAACUCCAGUCACCUGAUAUCGGGGGCAAUGAGUCCAGCAUUUACUUCACCCUCCCUCUUCCUCCCAGAUGCAGCUGCAGUCCAUGCACAGGACAAUUGCGCAGCUGCGUUCAGAAAUGCUACUGUAAGCCUAAGAGGGCUAACCAGCACUCUUGCAAGAUGUCAGAACUAUCAACCAUUACCCUGAGACUGGCUCGCUCUACGCUACUGCUUAUCCCCUUGUUUGGAAUUCACUACACGGUGUUUGCUUUUUCUCCUGAAAAUGUCAGUAAGCGGGAGAGACUAGUGUUUGAAUUGGGACUGGGAUCUUUCCAGGGUUUUGUUGUUGCUGUUCUCUAUUGUUUCUUGAAUGGGGAGUUUCUCCCUAAAGGUGCAAUCAGAAAUAAAGAGAAAAUGGAGGAGCUGGAAAGUCAACCGGUAUUUUGCUGUGGAUUUCAAACAUCGUCAUCCUUCUCUAGCGAGCAGCGGAGUGAACGGGGGGACACAACUCUCCAUUCUGAGCAAGAGCAGCUCUCAGAUUCGGAUGUCCAGCAUAAAUGCGGAGAACCUAGCGACAUGAGCAGCUAAGGAAAACAAAUCAAUCAACAACCAAACCAAAAACCAUCCCAUUAAAAAGAAAAAUAAAUCAUAAUUUUGGUGGUGGUGUAGGUCCCUUUCCCUUUCCCUUUCCCUUUCCCUUUCCCUUUCCCUUUCCCUUUCCCUUUCCCUUUCCCUUUCCCUUUCCCUUUCCCUUUCCCUUUCCCUUUCCCUUUCCCUUUCCUUUCCUUUCCUUUCCUUUCCUUUCCUUUCCUUUCCUUUCCUUUCCUUUCCUUUCCUUUCAAUUUGUAGAGAUGAAAAAGCAAAGGAAAUGUGUAUAUAUGUCUUUUUAACAAUCACUGUAAAUACCCAAAUGUACUCAAGGCCAUUAAUGGAAAACUGUUUAAAAAAUAAGCAACAGGCCAAGCCAACACACACAAUGAUUUACAUUUCAGAGCAUCUGCAAGUAAUCUGUUGUCAGUCAAAAGUAAUAAGUGAUUGCUGUGCAGUUGUGAUCUUUGGUUGCCAAACUGAUACUAAUCUGUGAAUGGACAUGUUCAUUGUUAUUUUUCAAAUUGGUUUUCAUUUUGGUUUGUAUUUGCCUUUUUUUUUUUUUCCUAGUCAAACAUCUUAGCCUGUCCCUGUCUUUUGGCAUGUGAAUUUCUGCAGUGUUUCUCUUUUGAGUCUUGAGAUGGAUCUAAUAUGCUUGGGUUAAUCAAACCAGCCGGUUCAGGAAGAACUCCAUAAAACUAAGUUCAUGGCUGAAUUUAGUCAGAUGUACCCAGUGGACUUACAGAAACUGCUGUGCCAACGUGAAGCUGCAUAACUACCAUCAGUCAGUGGGGGGACUCCAGGCAAAAGAGACAGGAUUGGCUGUUUUUUUCUGUACACAGGGACACUUCUGGGAAUGCUUUAUGUUCUAGCUAAGCUGUGAAUUUUCUAAAAGGGACAUACAGUUGAGAUAUAUCUAUAUUUUUGGCAUUGACUCAUUGAUUGGUAGACUGAUUGAUUGGAUUCUUUGAAUAAUAAAAAUAACUGUCCCCUCCCUCCCACCUUAAGAGCAAAAGUCAAUUCCAGGAUGGCCUUUCCCUCCAGACAACCUUGAACCCUCUGCAUCCAUGUCCAAACAUGGCAUGGUUCUGGGUAGUGCUGUUACACAGAGUGUGGUGCCUUUGCAACCCGGCUGACUUCUGUGUGUUGACUCUUCCCUGCCAGAGCAAGAGCCACAAGAGGGAUCUGGCAUGAUCAUCUGGGAAGGUAAAAGUCAUCUGCAUUUGGUGAGCAACUAAACUGAACAAUAGAAUGGUACAGAAGGAAAAGAUAAAGACUUUGGAUGACUCCCCACACCUGGCAGUUUUAUCUCUCUUUGGAUAUUCUGUUUGUUUAACCACCAAUGGUCUUACUCCUUUUCUUUGAGAAGAACAAAAUGUUCUUUCAACCUUUGCCUUGUAGUUGAAGUCACGACUGGUACAUAUCUACUUCAAUUAAAUGUUGAUAAUGUCAAUUCUUGAAAGUCUUUAUACAAUGCAUAAAGGCUAUGAGGACCAUCCUAGCUCUCGCUUCAUUUUGGAUUUAUGAACUUAUAUAUAUAUAUAUAAAAAAAAUAUAUAUAUAUAUGUGUGUGUGUAUGUGUAUGCAUAUAUUAAAAAAUGAAAAUGACGUUUUAAAUGUGAAAUUUUGAACUUAAACUAAUAGUAACCAGGAAAUUCAAAAUUCAGGUUUGUUCCCUGGUGUUAGUUGACAUGAUCAUGAACUAAAAAACCAUAAAAUUAAAGACUCAGAAUUUUAGUGUCAGCAGAGUGUGAGCUUUUAAUUUCUCUGGUUUUUGUUAGUUUAGGUAAAAAAAAAAAGUUUUAAUGUCAUUUUAAGCAUAGGUUUUUUAAAAAUAAUGCUAUUUUCCUUAUUUUUAAAAGGAGAAAAAAAGGUCUCAGAAAGUUGUGUCAGAGAUAUUAAUUAUGAUACUUAACACUUAUAUAGUGCUUUAUGGGACAUAAUCUGCUCUCAGUUGUAGCACUGUAAAUGAAUGUAAAAAUAAUUUGAAGCAGACAGAAAUGUUGAGGUUGACUUCAUAUUUGCAGAGGACCAUGCUCUUAUGAAAAGCUUAUACCCCUUUCAGGUGAAAUCUACUCUCGCACUGAGGACCAGCAAAAAGUUUUAAAUUACUUUCACUGUACUCCAGUAUUUUAAGUGCAAGUCAAAGCAUCCAGACACCUUUUUUUUUUUUCAAGUCUUCGGCACUGAUUUGCUGCUCUGAGAGCAGAAUUAGUCCCCCUAUACCAGACUCUCUGCAAAAGUCACUGAAGUAUUUUUAACUGAUAGAUUGGAGCUUCCUUUCUCAUUAGAUGCUGCUAAAGCUAUUUUAUAAAGUUUCCUGAGAAGCCAUGUACUUCACAGUCCAGAAAGACAUGGGAGAUGGGGAAAGCCAGAUCUAUCAGGUAAAUGCAGAUUUAGACAUUUUUUAAAUAAGACUAUCUAAUGUUAGCUGAACAGAAAACUUUUAGGUUUGUAUUUUCACAAGGUAUUACAUUGACAAUACUGUAAGUAUAUUAUUUAAAAAAAAUCGAACAGUAUAUUUUGCAUGAAUGGCUGGUAGCCAAUUUUCAAGCACUAAUAAAUCAGAACUUCUGAGAAAAAGGCGUUGAAUAACUGCUUCUAGUUGGAGAAUUUUUGCCAUGUUUCAGUCCAGACCAAGAAAGUGUUUAGAUAUUUUUUUAAUUCUUUUCUUUUUUGGUGUUGUUUUUGAGGUUACUUUUGAAUUCUGUUGUUUUCCUGGCUGUCCUACAGUGCUCUGCAAUGUGAGUUGGUGGAUCUCAGUCCAGUGCCUCGUGGGCAAGUGUCCACAUCACCAAAACCACCCUCCAGUCGUGCAUACCGGAGCCCAGGUCCUCAGCUAAAUUAAAAUCAGUACAGAAAACUGUUGUUGUCGUUAGAACAAAGCCAUUUCACUUUGGCUUGGGAUUUGGCCUCAGCACAUUACUAUUACUAUUAUUUUUCGGCAAUCUCAGCAAGAGAGGCCAAGGACUGAAAACUUGGACUUGCCCCUUAAAUUCCUAGAGCCAAUGCUCAACAGCAAGACAAGUUGGAGGGCAGUGGAGGGGAAAUUUCUGCAGUUGCAGUCCCUGUGUUUCUUGUUCAGUGGAUAAAUUGAAGUUUUUGGUACCUUUCACCAGCACUGAAUUUCCUAGAGGAGAUGGUAUGUCUUGAAAUAUUUAAUAUAUGAUAUAUUAUACAGGCAACCCCCUUCUAUUAUGAUUCUUUUAUUGGCGGUGUUGAGGCACUUCCAAAUGUGGCUUUCCUAAGUCUCUCAAACUUCCUCAGUGUUACUGGAAAGAUCAUACUUCAGGUGUAUAUAGUUAUCUAAAUCAGACUCUGAUGCCAUCGCACAAAUUAACUCUCAAAAAAUCUUUAUGUUGAAUGUAAACUGAAGAUGCUGGACAUUCAUGGCCACCAUUCACAGUGGCUGUCAUUUCUAUUUGUUUCAGGAUGGAAGAAACCAACAGGUGGUUUGCUUCUAAGUGUGUGUAAAUAUCAAUUGAGUGUAACAGUGCUUUGUUUGAUUUUUCACUGUGAAAUAUAUUUUGGAGCUAGAAAGGCUAUGUUAUUAAAACCAAUACAUAAUUAAAAGAAAAACAAGCGUGCAGUGCUCUUUGAGCCAUUUUUUCUACCAUGUCCAUUAUGUAUUUCUUGUCAAAUUUUCUUACUUUGCUUUUGUAAAUGUACAAAAAGUUUCUGCAUUGCAGCUUUUGUGACUAUUUACUGUAUCUAAGCACUGUUUGAUUAUUGACUUUUUGUUGUGGAGUGCUGGUACUACAGGACAAUUAACAUCCCAAAAUGAAAAUGACAACCUCUAUUUCAAAAGACAAGGCUUGUUUCAUUGCUGCAUGGUGACCUCACCUUCUUUUACCUUCAUCUACAUGUAGUAUAUUUGGAACUCAGAGCCCAGGUAAUGAAACUUAAAUAUCUAGUUGUGGGAGGUUUUAUUUAUAGAGGAAAAACACCCAAGUUCCUCUGCUGCAUUUAAGUAUUUGUAUUUGAAAAGCAGAUGUUAAAAUAAGGUGGUGGGAGAAGGGAGAGGGUUGAAAGCAGGUGAGUCCAGAGUGAAAUGCAAAAAAGGUGCAGUUUGGAAGUUAAAUUCAGACACUUUAAUUGAUGUCUAGCUCCCCAUUUUCACCAUCUGUCCAUCAUUGCAACUAAAGAACUGUGUCUUGCAACUACAAGGCUAAAUAACGACUAGAAGUGGGCAGGAACUAACUGUAUUAAUAACUUGAGAUUCCUUUUGCAAAGAUGACUCUGCCUAUACUCUCUCCAUCACCAAUGGCAUGGGUGAGAGACCUUCCAGAACGGAAUGCAAAGCAGUUCAGAGAAUCUUAAAAUCAACAGUCCAGGUUGGAAGGGACCUUGAAAAACCAUCUGGUCCAACAUUUUAUGAGAAAGGGAGCCAAGAUGAGAUUAUGUAGUACCCUGCUUAACUGCAUCUUGAAAACCUCCGGUGAUAUGGACUUUAGCAUGUCCCUGGGGAGGUUGUUCUAGUGAAUGAUUGUUCUCACUGUAAAAAAUCUCUUUCUUGUAUUGAGAUGAAACCUCUCCUCGUGCAACUUGUACCUGUUCCCCCUGUCUUUUCCAUGUGGGUCCUUGUGAAGAAACAGCCUCCAUCCUCUUUGUAACCACCCUUUAAGUACUCGAAUACAGUGAUGAGGUUCCCCCUGAGUCUUCUCUUUUCUAGGUAGAAAAGACCUAACUCCUUCAGUCUUUCCUUAUUGAGUGGGUUGUCUAUCCCUUUGAUCCAUCUUCAUGGCCUUCCUUUUGACCCUCUCCAGUCUGGACACAUCUUUCUUGAAUUGUUGGUACCAGAACUGGACACAAUACAGUGUUUGUUAGACUCCUGCUCAAAUCCUGACCUGGGUGAAUCUGAUUCUUUUCAGCAGUGAUAGAAGGAUUAGGUGCCAUGACUUGCCUUGUCCAUGUCAUUUCGUAAAAUUGUGGCUUGUCAUAAUAUUGUCAUAUCAAUGAUGGAUGAAAUUCUGCUUCUGCAUAGCAUGAUAGCUUCUGUGCUUGCAUAUGAAGGGCUAUGCAGGA